UGAUAAAUGGCGCCUAUAUCUGAUAUAAUAGCAAAGAUAAACAAAUGCAUUUGUGUAUCAGAAGAUAGAAAUUCUAUCAGAAAUACAGAAAUCAGCGAUGAACAUGCUGAAGGAAGUACCAAGGAAGAUUCUGAUUCUAGUGCACCAAAGGGAGGUUAUGUCUUAGAAGAUCCGCCAAAUGGAGGCAUUCGUGCUUGGCUUAUUGUAAUAUCUUGUUCAGCAAUCAAUGUUCUAAUGGGAGUAUUGGAACCUGUGGUAGCGCUUGCAUUGUUUCAAUCGGAGGAAGAUGUUGGUAUGGAUGAAGAUACUCUCACAGAAAUAUUCCAUGUAUAUCUUAGUCUUUCAAGUCUUUAUGCACCAAUAGCGUCUGUUUCUAUGGUGACUUUAGGGUACGAAUUGACUAUACAUAUUGGUUCAUGGUGCCUGGCGGUCUCAUUUCUCAUUCUGUCAUUCGUCAAAAAUUCACAUGGCAUCAAAUUUCUUCUAUACGUUACAGCAGGUGUUGGUUCAAGUUUGGUCCAUUUUGGCGUUUUAAUUCCCGUGCUGGAAUAUUUCACUACAAAACGAAUGAGAGCACUGAUGUUCACAAAAACCUCCAGAUACUGUGGUCAGAUUAUUCCGAUAGUUAUUUAUCUCAGUGGUGCAACAAUGACAUGGCAAACUUUGUACAGGAUUUGCAUGGGAUUGAGCAUUCCAAUCGGCAUAAUUGGUCUAACAAUUCCAUCCCUAAAACUGAAGCCAGGGAAAGAUCAAAGGUCAUCUUUCAUUGAAAGAUCUCUGCGACUUGUUCACAUGAAAACUCUUAAACAUGUGUAUCUUUGGCUUGUGUGCUUUCUAUUUUUCAUAUAUCAAAUUGGUGUUGAGCCACCAGACGCAGAAUUAAAGGACACAUAUAUGGCACAAAGAUUAGACAUCGAAGCCACUGCUGAACGUAUACUGUACAGUUUGACACCAGUCAUCGGUUUGAUUGCAGGCGCAUUUCUCGGCUGGCUGUUUAAAUUUUCAUUUCAACGAAAAUGUUUCGGUUGUAUGAAGCAGACUCCAACAGCUAAAGACUUGUUCAACUUGAUUAUGAUGAUAAUGGUUGCCAUACCAUUUUUGAUGGCCGUUAUGUGUUUCAUUGCACCAGGAGCUGCUAACUUCCCUUACUUCUUCAUAUUCAGUAUAUUCUUCCACACGCAGUUAGCCUUCGUUGAAGAGCUGCGAGAUGAAAUGAUACCGGAUGUGUUUGGUCUUGACAAUGUGAAGUUUGUGGAAGGGCUCAUUCAGAUGUUUAUAGGCAUAGCUGGCAUCAUAGCUACUGAAAGUGCAGUUGAUCUGCACUGGAAAGAUUCUUUUCGAAUGGGUGGUGGUAUGUUUUUCACAACAUCAGCUGGUGCAGUCUGUCUUGUUCUUCUACAAUCAGAUGUUGGUGCAAAAAUUAUAAAGAUUAAUCCCAUAGUCAUCCCAGAUAUCGAGGAACCUCGCAAUGGUGUUGACUCUUUAUCUACCGUAAGUGAAUCAGAAACGUCAGAAAUUUAUGUUACACCUGCUUCCGGUUCACCAACGGAAGCACCUGCUUCCGGUUCACCAACGGAAGCUGCGCGAAAUCACGAGCUGAGCAGCCUGCAAAACGACAGUUUACGAUACCAGUUCCAGACUUCACACGGUCCCUCAAAUAUCAAAUAUGUUAUACCCCGGACAAACAGAAUGUAUGGCAGCCGUGAGACUAGCACAAUCAGUUCUGAUGAUUCUAUUGAAAGUUCUAACUCAAGUUCUGCUGACCUUCACAAUAAUAGAACACAUGCUGUUGGCAGAACCGUAUAUACAGAUUUGCAGGCAUCAAGGAGUCCAGACUCAUACGGAAUAGUUCAAACUAACGGACAUGUACCUUAUAGUUUCAACAAUGCACCUGGUGGCAUAACUCAUCCAUCGCAAUAUGUUAUAUAUUCUUAUAAUGUUACACAAAACACAGACGAAGUCUGAAAGAAUAGAAGACCAGAUGUCAUAAAUUGUUCAGUUAAGAUGGAUUGAAUUAAAGUUUAUAAAGUUUAUAAAGCUCAUACUAGUAGAUAAAUUCUUAAAGCAGUAACUCUUUGAUAAGGUACGCCUUAACUUGUAAGACUAGGGCAUAGAUCAUGCAUCUGAACUUCUAGUGCUGAAAUUUACUUCAUAAUGAUAUGUUUCCGUAUUGUCUAUUUGUUUUGCUAGGUCACAAAAGCACAAAUCGUAAACGUAAUAUUGUGGCCGCUUUCUAGUUUUUCAUGGUGGAGGAAGACUCUGGGUGCCCCCCGAGCAUAAGUUCAGUAUGUCAAUAUAUUCAAGCACGGAUGUAAUUUAACCGAAGAAAAUUGACAACUGAAAGACACAGGGUCGUAAGGAGGAGCUAUUCUGUUAUAUACAUGGGACCAUCCUAGUAUUGACUGCAAGCUAGAGUUUCGGGUUCCGAAUUCGGAUAAAAAUAUUUCCACAUAAAGCCAGACGCUUGAGCUAGUGGUUUGCGUUUUUAAAAUUGUUCAUUUCAUUUGUAAAAGGAAACAAGAUAAUAAGACUGCAGUAAGAUCACUAUUGAAAGAACCAUAGGUGGUCUCCUUAUUAGGUUUCUUUAUUCCAAGCCUACUGUAUUCCAAGAUGCACAAAAGCUGGUCAAAGUAAAGGCAUUUCCAGAAAGAGUGUUUACGACAAUUUCGAUCUGUAGAAUGGAGCUGCGCUAACAGUUACGAAUAAGGGUUUUAGUCCAUCAACAAAGUAUAUCAAAUCCAAGAAAUAAGAUAAUAUUGGCGCAGCACAUCUGAAACAAAAAAGAAACUAGCCACAGACAACAAAGCCAAGUCUGCUUGCGUUAGAUAUAAUGAUAUUACCGUACCAAAAUACCUUACUUUGCUAACAAGCACAAACUGCGUUCAAAACAAGUAGUAAUUAUCAAAAUGCGAUGGCUAUGACAUCACACUGCAUCGACAACCUGCACCAAAGAGCUAUCUCCAGGGCUGUGCGACAUAUAUCGAAAAUAUUGACAAACUACAUUUCUUAUACCUUUGUUAUAGACUUAACCAGUUCCGUUAACCUACGUACAGUGGUGUAAAAUCUCUGAGCGUAAUCAUCUGCAGCCACGUUAUGAAAGUCUUCGAUUUACGCAAGAUACUGACCAGACUCUGCCAUGGCUACCAUUCUGGGUUUUCUAUGUAGUUUAACUGAGAGUAACACUUCAUGGCCUUCUCAAAUUAAUCUCCUCAACUUAGUCAUGAAAGCUGCGCUCUUGAUAAGCCUACCUCGUUCAUAAACAAGAAUGCAAUGGCACACGGGGCAAACUUAACAACUGGCUGUCGGCACAUGAUUUCCAAACAGAAAGAAUGAUGGAUGUUAUCUAUGAAGGUAGGCCUACCGUGUUAGGACUUGGAACCACUCUUCCUCAGGGUUCAUAGAUGACUAUCUCUUACAUAGACCCAUCCGACAUCUCACAUACCAAAGGUCUACCAUGGGUACAUGAUAUGUAUUAUUUAUGUUUGAGGGUAUGUCAAGAUGGGUAAACAGGGUUUAUUGGUUGGUUUUAUUUGAUUACACAUAGAUUUAUGAAACGGGAAGAUCAUUCGUAGUUUUCUUAUCCCCUCUAUUGAGAUUUUUCGGCGUUAUCGGCAGAUUCUAGAUCUGGGAUUUUGUAUUCGGUGCGCCUCGUGAGAUUCGAUCUCGAGCCGAAUACAGCAUGCCAGAUCAAGCUACAAUUAUGAUAACCCUAUUUCAUUUUCCAGCGGCAGAUAUAUUUAUUUCCCUUUAUCACAGUAGAUUUAAUUUGAUUAUAACUUCCCUUUAAUCAUAUCAUGUAAACAUUUUUCACUGUACUAUUUCUAAAUAACCUAAAUUUAAUUGAAUAUUUUCAGUUCUUGGUAAAUAAAUAUGACUUUUAAAGCAUUUUUGUUAUA